GUGAUGCAUCAGAUCAUGUGAUUGUAAGCGCGGGAGAUGAUAAGAGAGUGACCCUCUGGAAGAUGAAUGGUGGCCGCAUGGGUGCUCUCCCUGUUGAUGGCAGCGAGCCGGAUCAUAUGGACGAUGCGGUUCAUGCGCUGUGUCUAAGCAAAGGAUCGCGGUAUUUGUGUACGGGGGGAAAAGGGAAGGUGUUGAGGGUUUGGGACACCAGGAAAAAGCUGUGUAUAAAGACCUUGAAAGGGCACUCUGAUUUGAUUACAGGUGCAAUGUAUAAUCAGAAAGAGGAUCAGCUUGCGUCAAUUAGCGUAAGCGGCGAUCUGUUACUGCAUAACCUUCAGACAGGAACAAGGGCGACAGAAAUCAAAGACCCUCAGCGGCAGGCUCUUCGGGCUCUGGAGUACUCUCCGCAUAGGCGAUCAUUCUUGGUUACCGCGGGGGAUGAAGGGACUGUCAAUAUUUGGGACACAAACUCAAGGGGACUAAAGGCAACAUGGCCAAAGAAACACUCAGCGCCUGCGACUGGGGUCUGCUUUUCCCCAACAGAUGCGAAGUUUGUUGUCAGCGCAGGACUUGAUAAACGGCUUAUUUUUUAUGACAUAACGAAUAAGACGCCAGUGAGCACCGUGGUGGCGGAAGCCCCUCUUUCCUCUCUCGCUAUAAAAGAUGAUGGGCGUGUUCUCGCUGUUGGCACGAACAAUGGACGCAUCCUGUUCUAUGAUAUUCGGAGAAGUACAUGGCUUUCCAACUCUGCAAUCAAGGCCUACCCGUCUCAGGCAUUGGUUGCACUGAGUUGGCAACACUCCACCCCAAGCCCUGUGGGCAAAGGUUCGAUGGAUGCAAUGACGACAGUGUCCGAGGAGGUUGCUCUUCUUGGGGCCAAACCGGAGGAUGUCCCGCUCAUUCCGGAUCCGAUGCCGAGUGGAAUGGAAGGCCGUGCCAGGUCGCACACAGUGCCAACGGGUGGAGGCCCUGCUCGUUCGGCCUCCGCGCCAUCGAGGAGAGUUGAUCGGGAACAAAACAGUUCAAUGAAAGGCUCUGGACCGUCGGAUGGGAUCCUAGGGUUAACGACAGCAGCGAGCGGAGCAAUGUCUGCAUCAUUUGGUGGUGGCACGGGGCCACCUGUGAUUUUGUCAACUGUCUCCAGCACUUUGCCUAAUCAUUUGAGGGUAAAUGGAGCUAUCAGCAGUCUGCAAACUGCAAGGAUGAGCUCGCUGAAUGGCGAGAUGGAUGUCUUCUCUCCGCUCGUCGAUGUGCAACCGCUCAUGCAGCCCUUAGCGAAGUGCUACGAGGGCAUUGGCAUGGGCAGCAUACCGAGCCCAAUACCUGAGAAAGCGGUCGACGGCGUGCCCAACUUUGAUAGCGAUGAUGGGUCAUUGGGGAGUGCGAGGGAGGAGGGCUCAAAGCUCCCGAAUAUCGAGGAGCUGAGAAUAGACACGAGGCGGCGGUUGGAGCGAGUGCAGAGUAACAGGCAGGCAGGAGCUUCUGGUGGCAGCAGAAAGAGCUGGGGCAGCCGUUCGGGCGAGCCGCGGGCAUUAACUCCGUCGCAAGAGGACCCUUCUGGAAGUCGGACUCCGGCUGGCAGCUCUGCUAUAGAAAGCACCCCAACCACGAGCGGAUAUGAUGCAAUGAUGGAUCGUGUAAUUGAACGAUCACCGUCCGUCACACCUCCGGCAAUGUGGGGUGGGGAUGCUCCGCUCGUCACUCCUGUCGUUGGAAACGGUCGAUCGUCUGGGGCAGGGUCUGAUACCGGUGCUUCAUACCUUACAUCUCGAUUUUUGCCGCCCUAUCACAGCUACCUCCCUGCCGCAAGCCUCGUCAGCAGGCUGGACGCGUCAACGUUCCCGUCAACGGCAUCGUCGGGUACAUCGUCAACUGCUGGCAUGGCUGGCACCACAAGUCUUUCCUCUUGGAUCAGUGGCACAGAGGCUUUUGCCGGAAGCUCUCUGCCUCUUAUGGCUGGAGCUGUGCCUCCGGCAGCACCCAGCCGAUGGCAUAAAUCUAGUGCUGUUCCGGGUCCCAACGGUGCAAACCUGGACAUUGGAGGAAGAGGAGGGGCAAGCAGUGGAGCCAUGAGUGUGAUCAGGGAAGGAGUGUCAAUGCCCUCUGAUGGUGGUGGUGCAGAACAGAGUUCCGAAGGAGAGAAAAGCAGGGAUGGCGGAAGGUCCAGGAGAAGCGAUCCGAGUAAUAAUGUGGCUUCGCCAAAUACUGACGCAAGGCAAAACAAUGAUGUGGGGUCUGCUUUGCCAGAUAGCCAUCCGAUGUGGGGCCGAGGGGGAUACCUACCCUCGCCUCAACAAAACCUGACGGCGGGACCGGGAUCAGAAGUGGCGGAUGUGCCGCAGCCCUCCAAUUUUGCACUGCAGCUGGUGCAAAAUGUUGUCUCGGAAACGCUCGGCAAUCUUGGGCGCGCGAUGCAUGAGCAGACACAGAACCUUCACCUAGACGUCUUGCGACAAUUCCAUAUGCAGCAGAUGGAAACACGGUCGAUGUACGAGGAGUUGAUGACCAACCAAUCGGUGUUGUUUGAUGAGAUUCGAGCGCUACAGAGAGAGGUUCAAAAGCUAAGGCAUAUGUAUUGACGACUCCGGAUUAUGGUGCGUGUAAGCUGACUGCCGCGGGCACAAUCAAUCGCCGUCUUCGGGUCCAAUGUAACGAGAGCUGGAAGCAUGCGUCAAUAUGCACUUACGCCCACUAGCGGGACGUCCGUCGAUCGAUGCAUCUGUCUCAAAUCGCGGCCAAAAAAUUCAUCCCAAAAUGUCCCUGCCAGUCUGAGUGUACCCAUACCCUAAGUUGCCCAUUUCUUCCUUCCAUGAUUACCCUUAAGCUGCCACUGCCUUUCACAGUGGUGUCCCAUUUGGGAAUAUAACCUAUACCGCGUUCUUAGGGGGGCUUCGGGAGGCCGGGGGCUCAACGGCGGCCGCCGUUGAUAAAUUUCAUCGGUUGCCGUUUUUUGCGCUACCGGCGUCCGAAAGUCGUCAGGGCCCGUGGGGGCCUCCUCACUCGCGGCCGAUAUGUGUGAAAGGUAGUUGUGUGCAAGUUGACUGCCGCGGGCACAAUCUUCUUCUUCGUCGGGUGCAAAAAAAGAUAACGAGAUGGACGCAUGUCUCAGGGCGUACUCGCACUACGGUGACUCCCAUGGAUGCAUAAGGCUUGAAUGGUGGCCACAUUCAGUCCACAAAGUCCCGACCAGUCUGCAUGUACCCGCGCUCCCUCGGUCGCCCAUUUCUUCCUCGCAUGGUUGCCCUAAACUGUACAGUUCCGCGCCCUUGGGAUGGCCGCAUGCCUCCCCCCGCUUAUGGCCUGUUCCCUCCUCGAUCAAUCAUCUAUCUAUCGCCGCGUUGUACCAGUUGAGUAUGCCGGGUCCUUGCCUAUCUAUGCUUGCAUCCAUAUCUGACUCAUGGUAGCUGCAAAGUGAAUACGAAAAGUACACGACGCUUAACACGUGCGUGAUUGCCUCUGUCGCCAGCUGUUGUGGAGUGUGUUGAGCGUGGUAAUGUUGAUUUGGCUUAUUCUGCUGCCAUGUGCGGUCGCGAUUGCGAUUUGGAGCCGCUGGCAUGCUUCUUGUAGGGAUGCGGCUCGGGAGCAUUGUGAUUGAGUUUUCCUUCGCACUGGUCGAUGAAGAAUCGACGAUGUGGACUCGGGUUGUCGGUUCGUCAUCAAAUCGAUGUCAAUUGGAUAUCUGGGUACGUAUCUAUGGCGGGUGAUGGAAGGGCGGCGUCGUGACAGGGUCCCAUCGCUGAGUUGUUUGUGAGGAGUAAAGAUAAGUUAAUAAGUAUUAAUAACAAAGAUGGGAUGUUCUUUCGCCUGCGUGAUUGAUGAGGCUAGUUAGUCAUUGAGAUCUCGCAUGAUUUAUACCAGUAGUUUCUCGUCAAAGCUGCAUACGUGAUUUAUGCCAUGUGAAAGGGCCUAUUCUCGAACUCCCGAUUUGUCCUGUAAACAAAAUGUACCGUCUAUAUUUAGUGAUAGCGGUGAAUUGGGCUGCUUUUUUCCCUUUGGAAGCUAGGUCCCCCUCUUAUUGUCUUUCAUCUGUUUAGUUUCAGCAAUUCCGUGCCAUCAACUGGAUAUAGUCCUUGUGUAACGGUGCUUCGAUUGUCUGUUAGAACAUUUAUUGUUGACGUCAGAGAUAAAGUGCCUCCUGUUCU